AUGGACCCUGCUGCACUUAAGCCCCUCAUCGCCAAACAUCUCGGAGUCGAUGAUGAUGGCACUCUAUCGGGGUUUAUCCAUCUGCUUCUUUCACAGCUGCUGAGUCUAGAGCUGUUCAAAAAGUUGGCAGCAGCUAACGGUGGCGAGGAUUUCCCGCAAGAGUUUAUUAGUGGGUGUUACUCACUAUAUGCGCCAGCUUCCAGUCUAUCACUACCUAAUACGCGACCACCGGCGGCUCUCAAGGCCUUGACUAAACCAUCACAGAAUGGAGACCGCAAUAGGGAACGUGACCGGAAACCAGAACUUCGUGCUGGAUCAAUUGUACAGGGAGUUGUCUCUAAUAUCGUUCCGUAUGGCGCCUUUGUGAAACUUGACGGAAAGAAAUCAGGCUUAGCCCACAUCUCACAGCUAAGUGUUCGACGUAUCUCUUCUCCUGAGUUGGUAGUCAAGACUGGCCAACAGGUGUUUGUUAAGAUUUUGGCUAUGUCCCCCAAGAUCAGCCUUCUGAUGAAGAACAUUGACCAAGUCACUGGUAUUGAGGAAUUGGAGGAGGAUAGAGGACGAGACACCACCCAUACACCUGAACCGAAACGUCGCCGGCUAACGUCACCAGAACGGUGGGAAAUCAGACAGUUGAUUGCAGCGGGGGUGGCGCUGGCUAAGGACUACCCUGAACUUGAUGAUCCCGAUGUUGCUGAUGAAGCUGUUGACGAACCUGAAAUUGACGUUCAUAUCAAGGAGGAUAUUCCCAAGUUUUUGGAGAACCAAAAUAUCGAAACUGUGGUUGUACCUUCUGUACAAAAGUCCCAGCCUGAGGGUACUCUUGCCCAAGUGGCUGCCACUGGCUCUAAAUUCGCUCAGGAAUACCGGGAACAAAAUAAAGAUAAAGCUGCCGAUGUCAUCAGUCAGUGGCGCAAACAACAAACAGAGAUAAAUUAUGCUAAACCGGCGCUUUUAUCCAUGGCGGAGGCCAGGAAGCAGCUUCCGGUAUAUGCGAUGCGCCAGCAAAUCGUCGAUACUAUUCGAGACAACCAGUUUGUGGUGGUGGUAGGGGAGACUGGGUCAGGUAAAACCACUCAGAUCGUUCAGUAUCUUUAUGAAGAAGGUAUGGCGGGAGCUAACCGUAUGAUUGGUAUUACACAGCCCCGGCGAGUAGCAGCUUCGACGGUGGCCGCUCGUGUUGCUGAAGAAAUGGGGGUUAAAUUGGGAGAAGAAGUCGGGUACUACGUGCGGUUUGAGGACGUCACUAGCUCCCGUACCCGCAUCAAGUAUAUGACGGAUGGUAUGCUUCAACGAGAAGCAUUGCUGGACGCAACCAUGUCGAAAUACCUGGUGAUCAUGUUGGAUGAAGCCCACGAGCGUACAGUGGCUACCGAUAUCCUUUUUGCCCUUGUCAAACAAGCCGCCAAGGCCAAUCCCAAUUUACGCGUUAUUUGUACCUCGGCCACCCUUGAUCUGGCUAAGUUUCUGCAUUACUUUGGCGACUGCCCCGUACUUAACAUCCCUGGGCGUACUUUCCCGGUGGAAACGAUGUACACCGCUCAGCCUGAGGUUGAUUACGUGGCCCUGGUACUUGACUCCGUGAUGCAAAUCCAUUUACUGGAGCCGUUGGGAGGGGACAUUCUCGUAUUUCUCACCGGUCAAGACGAGAUUGACGCCUGUUGUCUGGCUCUCUUCGAGCGGGUUAAAGUUCUAGGCGAUCUGGUGUCUCCCCUCAUCGUGCUUCCUAUGUACGCAGCAUUGCCUCCAGAGAUGCAACGGAAAGUGUUUGAGGCUGCUCCCAAAGGUACUCGAAAAGUGGUUGUGGCGACAAAUAUCGCUGAAACCUCAAUUACCAUUGAUGGUAUCCGGUAUGUGGUAGACUCUGGGUUCGUUAAAUUGAAUGCCUACGACGCUCGUCUCGGUAUGGACACCCUUAAAGUGGUGCCAAUCUCUCAGGCACAGGCUAAUCAACGGUCGGGUCGUGCUGGUCGUACCGCUCCGGGUAAGUGCUACAGACUAUACACUGAAAAGGCUUACGAGCGUGAGAUGAAGGCCACCACUACCCCUGAGAUCCAACGACAGAACCUCAGUCACACCAUUUUGAUGCUUAAAGCGAUGGGGAUAAACGAUUUACUAGGAUUCGAUUUCAUGGAUCCGCCGCCCAAGCUGGCAAUGUUGGUGGCGUUGAGGGAUCUCUACACUUUAGGGGCGUUAAAUGAUGAGGGUUUCCUUACUCCUUUAGGGAGAUCAAUGGCUGAAUUUCCUAUGGACCCUAUGCUUGCUAAAACGCUUAUUUUACUGUCUCAAGAACCGUUCCUGUGCUCUCAAGAAGUAAUGCUGAUUAUCGCUAUGCUCUCCGUGCAGUCGAUUUGGUAUCGGCCUAAGGAGCACGAAGCUGACGCUGACAGAAGAAAGCAACGUUUCCACCACCUGCAACUGGACCAUUUGACUUUGCUCAACGUGUAUCGCGGGUGGGAGUUAAGCAAUCGGAGUGGGAAGUGGUGUCGGGAUAAUUAUAUCCAAGAGCGGAGUAUGAAGCGGGCACUCGAAGUACGGAAACAAUUGGCCACAAUCAUGAACCGCAGUGACCAACUGAUAGUGUCGUGUGGACUGAAUCUUGACCGGGUACGCCAGGUGAUAGCGGCAGGUUUCUUCAAACACCUGGCUCGGAGAGAUCGCGUUGAAGGGUAUAAGACACUAUCCACCGACACUCCCGUUGCCAUCCACCCGCUGUCGUGUCUCUAUACUAAGCGUCCCGAAUACGUUGUCUACCACCUGCUUUUACUCACCACAAGAGAGUACAUGCAAGUGGUUACCGAAGUUAAUCCCAAAUGGCUCGUGCAAGCGGCCCCUCACUACUUUGGGGAGACUGAUGCUAAGACGCUAGCAAUGAAGAAGCGGUCAGAGAAAUUGGUUGAAUUAGGACGAGGGGGAGAUUGGAGACUCCAGAACCAGUACCAAGCUCGGGCCAAGAAGAUGGCCCGCGACCCGUAG